UUGAGAUGCGCCGAUGUACCCCUUCAGCAUCGGUGACCUUCACACUCGACACUGUCCACCGCUCAAGCGUCCACAUGUUGCCAUGGAGACAACGUGAAAACAGACGACCAUCCGAAACGACGUCCUACCUGCGAUUCAGUCCUCGGUUUGAACCCGUAGCACGAGGUGGUACUAUCAUACACGAGCAUUAGUCCUAGCAGUCGGUGCCGAGGACUGCUGAGGAUUACGUAUAGUGCUUAGUUGUCAACGGGCUGAAGUGCGCUGAAGUGACAGUAGUGUUGUAAGCGAGGAAGCUGAUUGUCUCUGCGACGACUUCAGCGUCUACAAAGUCCAUAAGGUCCAGGAAAGGAAUGAUGCGCAGUGGCGCGCCGCUGCUCUUACUGGUGGGUGUAUCCUUGCUCGCAGCCGUCCUGAAACCUGGUUGGUGUCUGAAGAACGGGGACUGUUUGAAGCCGGAGUCCUCGUCUUACUUCCAGUUGUCGCCAGGUGGUUACAACCCUGAUAAAGGCAUCGAUGGCGUCCGCUGUCGUGCCUUGUGUGCUUCCAUCUCGGCACCCUAUUCUGGCGUUCAGGGCAAGAAAUAUUGCCUUUGUUCAGAUGAUCCCUUCGCUGAACGGCUGACGGCGACCAAGAAAGCAGUAUGCGACCAAGGGGAACAAUUCUCGACGCGAUUCUUCCACUCGGACUUGUUCACACCCAUCGAAGGUCUGCGCGUCAUCCCAUCUUCGUCCGUGGUAAACGUGGGAGAAGAAGUGUCUUUCCAUCUGACGGCGACGUCUGGCAAAAAUGCUACGGUGGCUUUCAACUUCGGCGACGGAGGCGAUGGAACCCGCGGAAACCUCAAGUCGGAGCCCAAGUACGUCUACUGGAAACCUGGAACUUACUCCGUCGUCGUGCUGGCCACGCCUCAGGGGGCGUCAGAUCUGUUCACCGUCCGAGCUCAGACGAUGGUCGUCGUCACAACGGCCCCGGAUGAGGACUCGGUGUCGUGGCACUGUCCCGAACUCGUGGAACCCGGCACGGGGUUCACCUGUUACCUGAGUGUCAGAGCUGGGUCGGACAUGUUGGCCGACAUCGAUCCAGGAGAUGGCACGCGCAGAUACACCGUCACCGUACCAGAUGUCGUGCCUUACACCCUGGGUGAGAGGGUUCCUCAGUUCAAGACUCCGAACGUCAUCCUCGAUGAAGAUGACAAUGCCGAUUCGGCUGUUCUACCCAACACGAGGGUCACCCAUUCGGCCAAUAUGACUACCGUGCUCGGCUACGGCAGCGUGGCGGGAAAACUGGAUCUACUGAUCCUCCGCCCAACAUGUCAGGGCUGCAGUUCACUGGGCAACAACGUCACCUGUCCCGACGGUGAAUACUUGUGCUCUCAGGAAGUAAGCUGCUUGCGAAGUGACCAAUGUCCCAAACGGAACGUCUACUCCAUCUACAAAGUCAUCGAAACAGUGUCCAUUGUUGUUGUCAAGGGGUACUUCGUCUUUCAGCUGCCCAAUCCCAUCGCUGUUGUCCCUGGUGACAUUCUCGGAUUCACAACGUCAGGAGGACGCUUAGCCUACCGUCGCACUUUAAACGGUGAACAGGCUGAUCUUAUCAAACGCAAUGUCCUCAAAGGCCAAGCCGUCCGGACGGACGACCUUCUGGAGAAUGAGCAACGCUUCUACAUUGGAGCCUUGCUUUACACGGCCGUCAACCUGACCUAUGACUACAAGUAUCUUGUCCCCGGUGCCUACGAGUUUAGAGUUGGUGUGCGGAACAAACACCACGACACCCUCGUCCGCAAGAUGGCAGACGUGAGCAGUCAGGAGAAACUGACGGCGUUUCGACUGGACGUGUCCAGGAACCAGGUUCCCACGGGAACCGAAGUUGAGAUCAUUGCCCGGAUGUUCGGCGGGAGCGACAUCACCAUGGUGUGGAGCUUCGGAGACGGUCACACCACCACGCAAAUAGUCAAAACCGUUACUAUGGGUGAGAAGUUCUACAAGACCCACAUCUUCAACGAGCCAGGCCAAUAUGUGGUGCAAGUAAACUCUUCCAACUUGCACGGGAACUUCGUCGCCAGGCGUGGCAUCUCGGUACAGAGGCCAGUCACUGAGGCCUGGGAACUUUUCACAAACUCCCCCGUCAUCUUACCAGAUGCGGUUUACCUGACGCUAACCUACCCAAAGACUGAGAAACUACCAACUGACGCCAUGGCACGCGUCGAGUUCGGCGACAAGCAGAAGGCCAAGUGGAGGGUACCGAACGAGUCACCCGAGAAGGUGACGCAGAAGUUCACCCAUGUCUACCACAAGCCUGGAUUCUACCAGGUGUCCAUCAACAUCUCGAACCUCAUCUCCUCCUACAUCCUCAACGCCAAGAUUGAGACGGCAACGCGAACAACAGGCCUCGUGGCUAAGGUCCAAUUCCAGCCAACGGACGAUGCACCUUUCCAAAGUGGAUUGGGAUCUACCAAUGAUAUCUUCCCAACGACACGUCCGGUCACAUUUUUCGUGAAGACAGCUACCGGUGUCGUCGAGCAGUACAUAAUCGAAACAGCAAAAGGACGUCUACUCACAAACGGAACAGGAAAGCAACUGCGCUACACGCUCAACUUCCCCGAGGCUGGUCAACACGACAUCUUCGUCUACGCUUGGAACCACGUUCAGCAACGGACGGACCCAUUCGUCGUCAGCUUUCGUACGAUGGAACCUAUUGAAGGCCUGGAAGUGUACAUGAAUGAGACUACGCCCAAGACAGAACACAUUCGAAACUUCAUGGUCUCUUUCGACCUAGCCGGUACGGACACUUGCGUCAUCGUCGACUACGGCGACGAGACUCUCCGUCGUGCUUACGGUUCGCGCUCUCAGUGCUUCACGCGCUACAGACCGGAGCAGUUCCAACACGAAGGAGAUCUAGAGAACCCUCUGUGGCUACAGAACAUCUACGGAAGAGGCGAAGACUAUGUCUUCAGUCUCGUGGCCUUCAACGAUAUCAGUGAAGCCAGUUCUGUGUUCAACUUUACGGUCAACGACGAACCGUGCAAGCCUCCGAUCAUCAAGAUUCGUAACCAGGUGCUGGAUCCAAUCAAUGCCACAGUGUUCUACAGGCUACGGGCUGUAGAACUGUACACCCUGACCCUGGUGGAAUGUAACAUCUCCAUCGACGUAACACGAGCGUGGCAGGCAUUUCAGCUGAACGACACUGGAGGAACCAUGCGAGAACUGGAUCUCACGCCGCUUGACUCAAGAACAAAGUCAAUGCUUUACGUGCCAGAGUUCUUCUUCGAUCCUGGUAUCUACAGGCUUCGGUACAACGUCAACAUGAGCGCUCCCCGAGCCAGGCCUCCGUUCUACCAUAGACGCUUUGCAGAGACAUAUAUUGAGAUGAAACCUUCGCCCCUUUUGCCUCAAAUGGCGGAAGGCGCCCAGUCGAGAGUGACCCGUGGGUUCCCUCAAACACUCACGCUGAACCCUGGGAAUUAUUCCAUCAAUCCGGACGAUCCCUCAGAUAAGAAUUUCACAGUCACGUGGUUCUGCCGGCGCGUACCAGGCGAAGUAAUCAACCGGACAGUAUCCGACGAGGAACAAAACGUGACGCAGCCACUGUACCACCGACUCGAGCUGCUCGACAACAUCACAGCCCAGGGACACGACUUUGACGUCCAGGGAUUCCUAGCCAAGGAAGAGAUGGAAGACCUUGGAGGGUGCUUCGGCAGUGGGCCAGGCCGAGUAAACAUAACAGGCGGUGCCUUGGAGUGGAGCACGAUUCUUUUCUACAAGCCAAAUGCCACCUACGAAGUACUGGCCAAGAUUGAGAAAGACGACCGGCCUCCAUCGUGGGGAGCGGUGCAAGUGGUGCUCAUGGAAAAAGUGCCACCAUCCAUAAGCGUACGGUGUCAAACCGAAAAACUCUGCUACCCGAACGACCCUAUUGGACAGAAGAUCAACCCCGUCCGCGUGGGUCUCAUCGGGCUCUGCAUCGAGAACUGCGAAGGUGAAAUGGUCUACAGCUGGGAGGUCUUUGGAAGCGACAACGACACCGAGGUCUUCCUUGAAGACGCCAGAGACUUCCUCGUGGGCGCUGCGGAGCAGAAGAUGGCUUUAUCGGACGACUUCUUCAAGGUUUACUACCCAAUGUUUGGAGACUUCGUUGCCCGACUGACGGUGACCAACCAAUGGGGCGUCACCGGGGUGUCUGAUCUCUUCUUACACAUCAACAAGCCACCAGAAAAUGGGAACUGCCAGUUUGAGCCUGAAGAAGGCAUGGCCUUGAUGGACAAAUUCAAAGCCAGCUGUUCAGAUUGGACUGAUCCGGAAGGCAUCGAAAUCGAAUUUUUCGCCUUCUGGGUGCGAAACAUUGAAAACGAAGCGCUGACGUUCCUCAUGUAUGGACCGGACAGCGAGGUUACACUGAUUCUCCCGUACGGAGAGUUCCAGGUGGGAGCUGAUAUCAAAGACAAAGAGGGCGCCACCACACGGGUCAACAUCACUACUAUCUCGACGAUUCUGCCCACAAAGCAAGACUUUGAACGUUACCUGAACGACCGCAGCCUGGACAACGCGGACGCAGCCGGUGAUCAGGCACGGAUGAACCAAAUGUCGCAAGCCAUUUCAUCCCUGAUGAAUGUUCGGCUUCCGGACGAGUUUGAGAACGAGAUCAACUAUUCUGAUCCCGAUGUCCUGGACAGGGAAAUGGAAGAACAAGCCCUUCUACGAGCCAAGAUGGUGCGAUCUGUGUCCAGUAUUAUGAACGUGGACACCUUGAGCAGCUUGGAACAAGUCGGUAGUGCGCUCACAGCUAUCGCGGGCGACGGCAGCGGUGUGGACAAUGAAGGAAAGGAUAUUAUAAUAAGGCUUCUGCAAAAGACAGUGAAGCUUGCCUCGAACCUGAAAGUGGAAGCACCGCAGCAGCUCCUCGACUUCUGCAUGUACGCUGUUGGUACCAUGGGUGGUAUCGUCGCCAGGAUGACUCAACAACUAAUUCAAGGUGUGGUCAUGCCCACUGACCGCGCCAAGGCCGUCAACAUCGAGUAUGACACGGAGAUCGCCCUCGAAGGAGAACCCGAAAAAGAAAGCCUAUUCGACGGAACAGUGCCUAUGGACGUCGCCUUGGCACGUGCUGUUGUUUUGAGGGAAAGACAGUUUGCCGAGAAACAGAUCACGACGAUGGUCCAGCUCACCAUCGACCUAGUGCUGGCCAUCCUACGCAACAUCAUCGUGGGAGAGAAGCCCUUGGAAUUCUUGGCUCCCAGCGGUCUCGGCUUGACCAUCUCAAUGUUCAGCGGUGGAGCUCUAAGUGGCCGAGGCAUUCAGCAUGGCGACGCCGUGUACAUAUUCCCGGACGUCUGCGAUAUCCUAGCCAGCCAACCAUCCUGCGCUGGCAACGAGACGCUGGGAGUGAUGGCCGUGUCCUGGCCCUCGAUCCUUCAGUCCUUUGGAGGCAGCGUAGAUGUCUUAUCGAACGACACCAAGACUCUGCAGCUGGUCGUCCUGGACGAGAACCUCUUUCCGAUAGACGUCAGCAACACGACCAACUACUUCGAGAUAAUCGUUCCCCGUAAAGGAGGAUCGGAAGAUGGAACGGGAUUGCCAGAGCCAACUGAAUUUGCGCCAACGAUCAAGUGGAACGAAGAAAUGGUGUAUCACCAGUUCGUUGUCCCCAAGCCUGAUUCUGCGGUCAACAUCGAGAUCACACCGCAUGACCCAUCGGCACAGUUCCUGGUAUACAUCCGCCACAGAGAGAAGCCUCAAUUGAAUGCCUAUGACGUGAUGGUCAACCUUUCUACGAUACGGAGCACAAACGGAACAUACGACAUCUUCAUGGACAACUCAAUGGUGGACAACCGUACCGGGUUCUUUUACUUGGGCAUCGUGCAGCCCAACGGCACGGUACCCGAAUUCGACAUGGACGAACCCGUCAACCUGACAGCCUCGGAAGUCAGCAGGGAGUUCACCUCAAACUAUUCCGUUCGCAUCUACACUUCGGGCUGCUACUUCUUCCACUCACAGAAGAAGAUAUGGUCUGCAGAAGGGUGUUUUGUCGCCAACGCUAACUACGCCCUUACCAGAUGCAAGUGCAACCAUCUGACAUCAUUCGGCAGCGGGUUCUUCGUCAUGCCGAACACGAUCGACUUCUCGUACGUGUUCGCCAACGCUGGCUUCGCCGAUAACGUGACCAUCUACAUGACGGUCAUCGUCACCCUUUUCAUCUACUUGCUGGUCCUCAUAUGGGCUCGGUACGAAGACAAAAAAGACGUCGAAAAGCUCGGAGCGUCGCCUCUCCAAGACAACGACCCGAGGGAUAAAUACAUCUACGAAAUUACAGUAUUCACCGGAGAGAAAGAGAAUGCAGCAACCGAUUCCAAUGUGUUCUUUAUUUUGUCGGGCGACGACGACGAGACCGAAGUCCGCACUUUCGGAGAUCAAAAGCGAAAAAUCUUCCGGCGCGGAGCGUCCGACGUCUUCGUCAUGACUGCACCCAGGUCACUCGGACGACUCAACUACAUGCGGGUCUGGCACGACAACAGCGGGAAGGGAAGCAUGCGAUCCUGGUACCUGCGCUUCAUCUCGGUCAGAGAUGUUCAGACAAACGCCAGAUACGAUUUCAUCGCGAACAGGUGGUUCGCUGUAGAGAAGGAGGACGGAAUGACCGACCGGCUCCUACCAGUAGCCGGCAAAGACGAAGCGACGGAGUUCAACCACUUGUUCAAGCUCAAGUCCCAGAAAAAUCUCGCAGACGGCCACCUGUGGUUCAGCGUGUUCAUGCGUCCACCAAAGAGUCGUUUUACCCGAUGUCAACGAGUGUCAUGUUGCGUGGCCCUACUCUAUCUGUCCAUGCUGGUGAAUGCAAUGUGGUAUGGUCGGGUGCCUUCGAAACCGUCAGCGUCUGCUGUCAAUUUUGGACCUUUCUCGCUGAGUCCGGAACAAGUAGGCGUGGGAAUUUUGGCCAAUCUCAUCGUGUUCCCGCCAACCUUCCUGAUGAUCACACUCUUCCGAAAAUCCCGCCUUCGAACGAAGAGACCCAAUCGUAUUACGGAAGCCCUGAAGCAGAAAAGAGACUCAGUGGUGGUCAGUCGAGCUUCAUCCGCUCAACCCCUGGUGCGCAACCAAGCCAAGACCGAGUCCACAAUGGCGCUCACCAAAGACAUGUCCGAUGUGUUCGACGAAAAUAUCACGAGGACACGCCGUCAGCUACGGGUCAAGAAGAAGAAAUCAAAAUUCAUGUUCCCCUGGUGGUGUCGCUACGUUGCCUGGUUCUUAUGCCUAACCUCCAUUUUCGUUUCAAUCUUUAUCAUCUGGGCAUACGGCGUUCAGUUCGGCGACGAAAAGACGCGGAAGUGGAUAACGUCGCUCUUGGUGUCCUUCUUCAUGUCUGUGCUCGUCACACAACCCAUUAAGGUAUUCCUCCUUGCUAUCAUCUUCUCUGCCUUGUUCAAGUCUCCUGAUAAGGAUGACGACGACGGCGAUGACGAUGAAGAACAACCAGAACUUCCGGACAACGAGGAGUGGCUACACCAAGGCACAGAAAACACCCAGGGCGGCAGACGGAAACGACUGUACAAGCCGCCGACGAGCGCUGAACUUGAACGACUUCGUGACGAACGCAUGCGGGAAAUCAAGAUGUCAACUGUGAUCCGAGAGAUCGGAUCCUACCUUCUCUUCCUGUGGCUCCUCACCGUGCUGUCGUACGGCAACAGAGAUCCGAGCGCUUACUUCAUGCAGCAGAACCUGCACAAGCAGUUCGUCGAAAACGGAAACUUCCUAGAGAUAACAAGUCCUGACCAGUUCUGGAAGUGGGCGAGAGAGGUGCUCGUUCCAAACGUCAAGGUAGGACCCUGGUACAAUGGCCAACAGCCGUUUGGCCUUCGAGGGUUCCUAGCGGACCGCGUGAAUCGCAUCAUGGGCUUCGCGUCGCUUCGGCAGGUGCGAGCAAAACCAAAUUCCUGUCGCGUUGAAAAGCUUAUGCGUAACAUCGUAGACAGCUGCAGAGGACAAGCCGGACUCCUCAACAUAGACAAGCAGAGUUACCUACCAGGCUGGCAAGAAACGGUACCCGACGACGUCAAAAACGACAAGAGCAAGAUUGACGAAUGGCACUACAGACGCGCUAAAGACCUUGACGGCCUACCGUUCUGGGGAAAGCUAGACGUAUACGGCGGAGGAGGGUUCCUGGUACCUCUACGAGGCAGCAACGACAAAAUCAUACAAAAACUUAACGAACUCGAGAAGUCCGACUGGAUCGACGGAGGCACACGUGCAGUAUUUGCCGAAUUCAGCGUCUACAACGCACAAGUCAACCUCUUCGGCGUGGUCACCAUCGUUGCCGAGUUCCACCCAGGUGGCGGCAUCGUCGCCAACUCUCGAAUCGACCCGAUCCGCUUGAUGCGUUAUCACCAAGGCUUCGGCUUAUUCGUCCUUUUGUGCGAGAUAUCUUUCAUUGGGUUCAUCAUCUAUUUUUCGGUGAGAGAGUUCAAGAGCUUCCUCAAUCUCCGCAUGGAUUACUUCCGCAGCUACUGGAACUUGGCCGAGCUGGUCGCGUUAGGCCUAUCUUAUGCCGGCAUGUUCUUCUACAUAUCCCGAAUGAUCGUCACCAAUAAGAUACUUAAGACCUUCUCUAGAAGCCACGGAAAUGGAUACGUCAAGCUGCAAGUCGUCGCAGCCAUCGACGAAGUGUUCGGCUACAUCAUGUCCUUCCUCAUCUUCAUCUGCAUACUCAAAUUCACGAAGCUGCUUCGUUUCAAUAAGAGGAUCGGUAUCCUGUACAGUACCCUGGCGCAAUGCUCCAGGGACCUCAGUUCCUUCUUCGUUGUUUUCUGGGUUGUCUUCUUCGCCUUCGUUCAAGUCUUCUACGUUGUACUCGGCAGUCUGAUGGCAGAAUUCUCGACCUUCAUCACAGCAGCCGAAACAUCCUUCGACAUGAUGAGAGGCCAGUUUAAGUUCGAGGACAUCGCAAUGGCGUCGCCUUACAUCGGACCUUUUGUGUUCUUCGUCUUCGCGUUGGUCACAUCUGUGAUCCUUCUCAACCUCUUCGUCACCCUAAUCAUAAGCUCGUUCCAGUCUGUGAAAGAAGACAUUGAAAAACAAUGCAACGACUUCGAAAUCGUCCAGUUCAUGGGAAAGAAGAUCAAGGGAUUCUUGGGCAUGGGCAGCGCCAACUUGGACCCGGAAGCACAGGCACCAACGUUGGAUCAGCAGAUCACAAACUUCCCGGAGAAAGUGGACAGACUGUUGUAUUACAUCAACGACGUCUACUUUGGCGGCACGCUCAACUUGGACGGCAAGAAAGCGCUGAGGGCGCUCUACAAGGCACCAGAACAGGCGUCGCGUCAGACCGCACCACAGAGUACGAUGCUGGACUGGAUGGAGGUCUCGGAGCCUCAGGGCCAAGAAGAACCGGAAGAAUCAUUGCCGCGAAGGAGGAGGCGGAGGUAUUGAGAAGCAGUGAACGAAAGAUCUGUUGCUGGUAUACCGUCACCUCAUGAGGCUUUGCUUACGGUCAGAGCGGCACAGUUCCCUGCUUAGAACUGUAAAAGCCGAUCCCUCACUCGCCUUCAAAAAUCACGUGGUCUGUGAAGGGCUCCUUGAAAGCCACCAUUUUGAGAGUUGUAUCGGCUUAAUGUAGCAAUAAUUCGCAGCUUUCUGACUAAGCGCACACCCAGAAGGACGACCUUUAGUACCAUAAUUCAGAGAAUAGCACCAAGAUGGCUACAUAUUAAGCAAGCACAUAUACCGCCGUCCCGUUGGCGAAGCUUCGUAUGGUGACUGUACGUUCGCUGGAUGAGUUUGAGCUGGAUAUGAAUCGUGUACAAAAUACCGGUACAGAAUGUCCGGUAUACCAAUCAAUAGUUUAAUGUCCCUAUACGGUCUUCACGCUAGUUUACGGUCACUAAUCGAUAUCAUGAGUUAUGCAUCCGAAACCUGAUAGUCCAUAAACCGGAUAGUAGACCUAAACUAGAAUACCCGAUCGUCCCGCAGCGAUUAUUACUAGGACAUUCGUGGGAUGUCCUGUGGAGACCUGGCAGAUGAUAGAGCUCCACUGAGGAGAACAACGUGGCCACGUAUCGUCGUACCGUUAUGUUGUUUUCUGUAGGACUUCUCUAUAGUUUGUUGUUUCAGGGAACCGCGUUACCCCGCCCUGCAGCGUGGGCAAGUGAAUGUACCGCAUUCCUAGUACUUGUUGCAUUCCACAUUGUGGUACACGUAAAUAUUGUAAAUAAAUAUAGUUACAACUGCAAUA